AUGGACAAGCUCCUGGCGGAGAGCUCUGCUCUCGUCUCAAUUCCGCUCCCUCAAGAAGAAGAUCGCUAUGAUAAAACUGCAAAAGCGCUCGUGAACAAACUGAGCAAGCUCCUCUCACAUGAAAUCGCACCUUCGAAAGAUGAUCUUGAUGCAAUCUCGCCCUCUGCACAUACCAUCCUGUACACCUACAUGCUUGUGGCAGGCAUGGAAGCAUCUGCAGCCAGCGGAAAGGCGCCUCCCAGGCAACUACCGUCAACAGUCCUACCUGAAGGUGCCUUAUGGCCAUACAUCGCUCAGCUUCUCCUCGAAUUCGACCCUGUUCAGGCACGAUAUUGCGGCGCUCAGUUCCUACGAAUCGUUGACUGCGUUGCUCUGGGCGCAGAGCAGACCGCUAAUUACGUUCCUGCUAUUCAACUGCUUUACCAUGUCAUUCUCCGGCUCGACAGCACCUCAUCUAGCCUGACUUCCACACACCGCACAUUUCUCCGCCUUUGUUUGCUGUCACAAGCAUAUGCUGAAGCUAUUCGAAUUCUUGACCAACCGAUCUAUCACAUUCCUUCCUCCAGGCAGGACCCUCGCACAAAUAGAUGUCUUUGCUCCGCCUCGGAUCAGCCAUGGAACUUUCUGAGUCCGGUUACUGGUCUCAGUCAACCUAUCACGAGUCGGACAUAUCUCGAAUAUUACCUGAUGGGAGGCAUGUGCUACAUGGCUUUGAGAAGAUACAAGGAUGCUAUGUUCUUCUUUGAAGUUGUGCUUACAGCACCGGCUGUUCAGAACGUCGCCAGCCUUAUCAUGGUGGAUGCCUACAAGAAGUGGCUGUUUGUAGGCCUCUUGCUGACCGGAGCCACUCCUCCAAUGCCAAGAUCUGUCGGCCAGACCGCAAUCAAGCAUAUUCGAGCGCUUUCCAGACCGUACGAAGCAGUGGCCGAGGCCUUUAAAGGAUCCGACGUCGAAGUACUGCGCGCAGAAAUCGAGGUAGCCAAUCUCGUUUGGCAGGAUGACGGAAACUAUGGUCUUGCGGUCGAGGUCUUCCAAGCUUUCCGAAAGUUUGCAGUCCAGAGACUCAGCAGAACGUUCGCAGCAAUGUCAAUAGCGGAAGUCGCGACGCGGACCUCACCAGAUCCAUCGAAUCUUGCUGAGACAAGAGCAUAUGUUGACAUGUUGAUACGGAACGGCGACCUGAGUGCAGUAAUCACAGACAGUGCAAGCGGCGCCCAGACUCUACGGUUCUUACCUACAUCGGCUGCUACGCGGCCAGAAGCACAAGUUGAAUCGGCACUGGCCGCGCAGACACGAGAACUACAAAUGCUCCUGAAACACGUCCAAGACACCGAGCAUCGCAUGGAAAUCUCCAGAGAGUACAUUGACUACCUCAAGAAGCUGAAGAAAGUCAGAGAUGAAAAGCAGAAUGGAAAAGGCAGUGGAAGGGGAGCCGUGGAUGAAGACAUUGAUGAGGACAUGAUGGAGGAAAUCUAG